AUGGUCACAAUCAACUGCGCCUACACCGAGGCGAUCAACCCAGCUGGAGCCACGCCAGUCCUGACGCGCGAUCAGAUCUGGAAGGGUCUACAGAGGAAGAUCAGGAAAGCGCAGGACUUCGUGCCUGUGAUCGAGGCGUGCGAUGUGAUUGAAGAGAAGGAGAACGAAGUUGUGCGAGAGGCGCACUUCAAGGCGGUCCAGGGCUUCGAGAAGAAGACUGUGAGGGAGGUGUGCAAGAGCUAUUAUCCUACAAAGGUCGAUUUCUGGCAACCGAGCGGUGCUUUGAUUACAAAUACUGUCUCCGAUGGAGCGAGCCUUGAAGAGCACGAUUUGAACAUGACGUAUACGUUUGAGUGGCGCGAAGAAGUUGCAGAGGGCAGCGAAGAGCACAAGAAGCUCAUACAACAGCGCAAAGAGGGGGCCAAGAUGGCUGUACACUCCAGCAUUGAAGCGAUGCGCAAGAUGGCAGCUGCUGGAGAGCUGGACUAG